UUCGCAGUUGUAACCGCGCUCGCGACGACCGGUGGCUAGUCGAGCGCGCGCAUCGAAGAAAAAGAAUUUUAUUUAAAUUUUGACGUUUGAAUUUUUUUUAUGUGCACUUGAAUUUAGACUAAGGUCAAUACAUACUAUUAACUCAUCUCCUACCAAUAACCAUAGAUAAUUAUUUUUUACAUAAAAUUGAUGUAACUUUGUUAUUGUAUGCUAAUUAAGUUUUUGUUUACAUUCAGUAAUAAGUGCUUCGUCUUGUUACAAUUAUGGUGUGUUUUGUGAGCGUUCAAUUUUGUUAGAUUGUAAAGCAUUUUACAAUGAAGUGGUCAAAUCUUUUGUUAUUGUUGACCCCGGUUUUGGCCAAUGUGAGUGAAUUACCACAGAAUAUUACAAGUUCACCAUGCACAGACAAGAACCACCUGUUCCUGGUGCCAGGGGUGUUAACAGCUGGCGGCACGAACAGGGCCUGUCUCUCCAGGUUCCACCCUGAGGGUCCAGCGAGGAUGCUGCUGACAUUGAUGGUGAAUGGAGAGUCUGUGAGCGCGUUGCGACAACUUAAUCCUGGUGAUGGCGGUUGCUUGGAUAUAUCGGUGCCACUUCAACCAAAUUCUAAAGCAGAAUUAGUUGUGAAUGUGAGGUACCCAGAAGCAUCCUGCACCUGGGAGCGUCGAGUUCCCCUCCGGAUCUCCAGCGGGAGGCUGCUCAUCAUCCACACGGAGCGCGCCAAGUAUCGACCUGGUGACCUGGUGCGGUUCCGCCUGAUUGCUCUGAAAGCUGAUCUUACUCCUGCGCAUACUAAUAUAGACGAAAUCUGGCUAGAAGGUCCCCGAGGCGCAUGGGAGGGUACAAGACUUUCCCAAUGGUCACGGGUUCGAACCCGUUUCGGUAUCGCUCAACAGCAAUAUCAGUUGGACGAACUCGCGCCAGUCGGCAAAUGGACGAUCCGAGCUAGACUGGCUGAUGGAACGCAGGGUUCAGCGCUAUUUUCAGUAGCCAAUUACGAGUUACCGCCAUUUCAGCUGACGGUACGACACUCGCCACGAAUUUUAAGAUCUAGUGAAAGGCUUGUUUGGACAGUAUGUGUGAGGUACCCAUGGUCAGAAGCAGUAGAAGGUAUGCUAGUGAUCAGGAUCCGGGGUGCGGGAUCCGCGGGUGGGAUCCGAACGGCAACAAAAUUGAGGGCUAGAGCCUGUCAUAGACACGCAGCUGCAGCAAGGCGUAUAGGCCUUAUGGGAGAUACUCCGCCUGAUGUUGUUAUUGCUGAUUUCUCUUUUCAGGAGGAAGGUACAAGAGUAUGGCAGAAUACUACGGUAAUAUCGCAAGUUGUAGACAACCCAAUCACUUUAGAAUUUCUAACCAAACAAGGGACUGUUGUGUCUUCUGGCUUGCCUUAUAAAUUGAAGGUAAAAGCAACUCGUUGGGAUGAUAAACCCGCGUCCAACGAAACGGUUCGUAUUUGCAAGUCUCCAGCCAAAUCUAUAGAUACCAUAAAUGUUGGCAAUUCCUCUUGUAUCGACUCCCUUACCGAUGAGAAGGGGAUCGCUAGAGUCAUGUUUACAGCUGAUGGAAGUCCUUUUUAUGUGUUUCGGGCAAGUACCAACAGUACAUCAGCGACCCUACACCUCACUGUAGGGUCUGGUAAAGCAGCUUUAGGACCCUUACGGGCCCCAACCAGAAGUAGGACACUAGUUCCUCUAUAUGUUAAUAUACCUGAUGUUAGCAGACCACUUACCGUGCAUUUUGUGGUAAUAACCCGAGGGGGUAUAAUCUAUCGUUGGGGAGCCACUACCCAAUGUCCUACCAGCACAGACCAAGUUCUAACCGCCUCUAGAGAUUCCAUAUGCCAAAGUAACAUUCGCCACCAACCUAGCCAAAUCACCAAGUCGUGGCCCAAUAUGGCCAAUACUUCCAAUAUAUUUAAUGAACAUUUAACCAAUAUGGGCAAGACUUCCAAUGUUGCUAAUGAGCAUUGGGCCAACAUGGGCAAGUUUGGUAGUUUCCCGAAUUAUGCGAUAAAUGCUACAAACAGUGAUGUUCUGGAUUCCUUACUUGAUGGUCAACUGUUGAAGAUAAUGCUGCCAAUAAAAGUGACGCACCAAAUGUGCCCAGAUAGCCAUUUAGUGGCGUAUUUCUAUCAUGGCGAUGAGCUGAUCAGUGCGAGUAAGCACUUUGAAAUGGAUGAAUGUUUUGUUAAUAAGGUGGAAUUAUCCUGGGAAACCCGGCAAGCCCUUCCCGGGUCAAUCGCCAACUUGCACAUUACUACCCCAGGACCAGCGCUCUGUGCCCUAUCAGUGAUAGAUACCGCAUCGAAAUGGGUUCAGCCGGGAGAGAAUAUAAAGGACCUAAUAUUGAGGAAUUUGAGGAAACUGGUCGAUGGACAUAGGAAUAUGACGGAGUAUGAUGCGGCGGGAGAGUGUUUCUUUUCUGAAGACACCCCAAGUGCAUCUUCGCUCGCAGAAUUAUGGCUUGCGGGUGCGGGGGUUAGACUGGCUGGGGGGGUGCGGGGGAAAUGUGGACCUGCUACCCUUGUGGCGGGGGAUACUGUGCCCAGGAGUGAUUUCUCUGAGGCCUGGCUAUGGCGUCUCAUAGCAGUGGGUUCCAACGGUUCAGUGGUGGCCAGCGCUCGAACUCCAGACUCUAUCACCCGGUUCGAGGCCUCCGCACUGUGCUUGGCCAAAACCGGUGUUGCUAUAUCGCAGCCUGCUGUGUUGCAAGUAUUCCGCGAAUUCUUCCUCCAUGCUGACGGACCCCGCAGGUUGCGGCGCGGAGACGAAGCCGUAGUACGAUAUCGACUGUUCAACUAUCUGUACCAGCCACUCAGCGUACAAAUCCAAAUCCUCUCCGAUCCACACUUAUCAGGCUCGAGUUCUCAGCAAGGCUGUGUCUCAGCACGAUCCUCGCUGUCCGGUAGAAUACAAGUCUCAGCGCGGGUUGCUGGGAACGCGAGGCUCAGCAUCAGAGCCACUGCGACUGGCGGCUGUAAUGAUACUAGUGCUGAGAAAGUCAGUGAUGAAGUGAUAGUACAAAUACAAGUAGACCCAGAAGGCCUGCCAAUACAAGAACACAAAUCUAUUAUGUUAUGUGGAAGAGGUGUCCCUGGUUCCACAGAAUCUGAAGUAAAAUGGAAUUGGUUGAAAGCAGAUAUUGUGCCGGGAACCGAAUCUGUGACCCUCUGGGCCGCGAGUGAUCUCACUGGACCCUUGCUUGCUGAUGCAGACGCACUAACCCAAUUACCGCGAGGUUGCGGGGAACAGAACAUGGCACGUCUCGCGACCAACUUGCUCGCGCUAUCGCUGUUACACCCGGACUCGUCUGCCGCUUAUAUAGCGAAGGAUCACGUGGCUAGAGGAUUUGCUCGUCAACUGCAAUAUUCGCACCCGCAGGGCGGAUUCAGCGCAUUUGGCCCUUCAGACCCGAAACCUUCCACGUGGCUCACCGCUUUCUGUGUGCGAUAUCUGAGAAAAGCUCAUCAGAUAAUAUCUCCCAAUGAGCCCAUCCCAAGUGUAGUAGAAAGAGCGGAAAGAUGGCUCCUCUCUCAGCAAAUGGAAAAUGGCUGCUUCAGGAAUGAAGGACAGGUGUUUCAUAGAGAACUCAAGGGAGGCCUUAACGAAGACGGCGACAUAGCCAACGUAGCUCUCACAGCCUACGUCAUCACCUCACUCAUAGAGUCCGUUACUCUCUCUCACUCAGUGAUACAGAACUCUCUCUCGUGUCUCCGAGCUCUACCACCCAAAAAAUCCAAAGCAUACACUUAUAGCCUUGUAAACUAUGCGUAUUCACGGAUAAGACGAUAUGAGAGAGAGUUAAGAGAGAGUAAUGAGGCCGGAGAGAAUAUGCUUGUGGAUGAGGAAAUGAGAGAGUUGGUCGGCUUGUUGAAGAUGGCGAGGAGGAAAGGGGAUUUCGUGUGGUGGGAGAGUGGCAGUCUCAGCACCUCAAUAGAGGCCACAGGCUACGCACUGCUGUCUCUCAGCGAGUGCUUACUCUCAGUGCGUGCCGCGUGUGUGUCGGACGCGCUGCGAGCGACAAGAUGGCUGGCUGCACACGCCAACCCGGCGGGCGGGUUUGUGUCUACACAGGAUACUCUAGUAGCCUUGGAAGGUCUCGCACGCUGGUCUUCCAUGGUCCCACCUUCCACCAACCUGACGCUCAUCAUCAGGAGCGGAGUCAUCACCAAGUUACUGCAAGUCUCAUCAUCGAAUAAACUUCCGGAGGUGGUGAAGAUGCCGGUGGGCGAUGUUAGUGUUAGUGCUGAUGGUACAGGAUGUUCUCUAAUCCAAGCGACACGACUAUACAACACACUGACAGUCGACGAAAAACGCGACAAAUUGCUCAAAGUGCAAGUGAGCGUGCACACGGAUGGGCCUUUCAACUGUGAUGGAAACACCACCUGUUUCUGUGCAGCCGUUGUUGAGGUAUGUGCCCACUGGAGUGACCAGUUCCCCGAAAUGGCAUUACUCGAAGUAUCUCUACCCGGUGGUUAUGGAGCUGAUACUGCAUUGCUAUAUAAAAUGCACCUUAAUACAAAUACAUUGGUCCGUCGCAUAGAAGUAACAUCAACCAACUCACGAAUCGUCCUCUACCUCGGCGCACACACACCUCCAGAGACGUCACACGAAUGCUAUAAGAUACACGCGGUGGGACCUAAAGUUAGGACCAAACCGGCAUAUGCUAAAAUACUGGAUUAUUAUAGGCCUGAGGUUAAUGAUAUACAGACGUAUACAAUACCUGAAGAAUGUCCUCCACGAAUCAGUCACGAAAGUAACGAUUACAUAACAUCGGAUAAUAUAUUCAAUAAAGCAAAAUCCCUCAAUGGAGAUAUCAUUAUUACACACGAUUUCUCUUUUGAAGAUAUUCCUGAAGGAAUUCCAUUAGAAGAUCCUUUAUAUGACAAUCUAACAGAGAGAAAAGAUGAUCAAAUUGAUCAUUCUACAUCUGAUACUAAACCUGUUGAUUAUGAAAACGAAAUCCUAAGUAAGGAAGAAUUUAAGUAUAUAAGAAAGGAUAGAAAUAGGAAAAUAGAUAAUAAUGAGGUCUAUGCUAUAGAUGACAAUAUAACUCAACCAGAAGAACAGCAAGAGCUUAAACAAAACAAUAUUGAAAAAGAAAACGAUCAAAAUAAAAUUUAUCAACAUGAAGAAAAUAAACGUGACGCUCAACUUAAAGAUCAAAAUAACAUGAAUAUAGAAAUAGCAAAAGAUUUAGUUAAUAAUGAUACAACUAACAAUAUUAAAAAUGAAACUAAAGACAAAGAAGUUGAUAAUAAAACAGAUGAGGUAGUUUUAUUUAACAAAGAAAACAACAAACAAGACAUAACCGUAAUGUACAUGGAUGCAAACAAACAAACAGAUUUCAAGGAAGAACAACGAGUAGCGACGGAUGCGUUCCCUAACUUCCACGUGAUAGACUCAGAGAAAGAUCUAGAAGUACCGACUGGUGUAGAAGGACCGGUACCGUCGUAUGCUCUGCCGCCUGAGAAUUUCGUUUUUAACGGACGAUCAGGGGAACCCUAUUAUCAACGACCGGAACCGAAACUGCACAUAACGCCUACAAACGCAUAUUUUAUCAAUCCAUAUUAUAAUCAAAAAUAUUAUAGCAGUAGAAAUCUCUAAUUUAAGCUAAUAAAGACUGAAAAUUCAUUAAUAUUAUUGAAUAUUUAUUUAUUUAUAAGGAACAGCACAGGUUGGCUGUGAAUAAAUGUUGCUAAUCUAAAA